AUGGAGACUCCACUACUGCUGCCACUUCUCCUGCUAUUAGCCAUCGUGUAUAGUGCUCAUUGUGCGCCUUCGAGAAGAUCAAGGGCUGCAGCAAUCCCUGAGGAAACAGAUGCCGGCAGACAAAGCAAACUGGAAGAUGAAUUCAAAGUCACAACCACGAAGACUCCAGUGGCUACAAACAGAAGAAACAAGGCAUUAAACUUAUUCCGAGGCUUCUUUCCCUCUUUUCUCUCCUCAGGUCUCGAUUACGCUGAGGAUGACGAUGAUGACGUGACUUUUGCAGUGAACGACGACCGUUUUGACGAAGAGGACUUAUCUCGGACCAUUCCAAGCAAACGCAAGCAACAAAACAAGAAAAAGAAUGGCAAUUCGGAUUCCUAUCCAAACGACAACAUAAACUCCCUUCAGUAUGAUAAUUCUCCUAUUUUCUAUAUCAGAUUACCACCCACUCCGUACAUGUUUGUGCCUGGUUUGGGUUACGUUUCUCAACCACCGUCCCUUGGACCUAUGGCUCCUAUGCUGCCGCCAGGUGUUCCUCAACAAUCCGAUCCCUUUAUAAACCUUCCUAUUGAUUUCGUUUCCAACGGAAAACCGACUGGAGUAUAUCAAUGGAGCGGUGCGCCAGGGUACCCUCCAGCUCCUCAAAUGGAUCCAUUCGGAUAUGGACCGUCCCCACCAGUUAUGCCCCCAGCUCCUCGUCCGGAAUACAAACCAUCCUACACCAAGCCAAAACCAGUUCCAACAAAUUCCAAAAUCACGAAUCUCAAAGGACCAUAUGUUUUCAAUGGAAAGCCCGGUGAUAACGUAUACGUUCUUCGCGAUACCUACAAUUCAAUCUACUCGGAUGCCCUGCAAAACUUCUACCCUUAA